UCUAGGUGGUAGACGCAUCGUGUAGGCGCAGGGCGGCCGCUAAAGCCCUGCAGAACUGGCCCUGCGGGAUGGCAGCCUCUGAGGAGGAGCCUGAGGCCUUGACGGAGCAGCUGGACGUCGCGCGCCACCUGGAAAAUUUGCCUGUGAGCGCGUGGCCCCCAGGGACAGAGCCAGAGCCCUUUCAGUAUACUCCUGAUCAUGUAGCCGGGCCUGGAGGAGACACUGAUCCCACUCUGAUAACCUUUCCCGGAUGCGUUUGUCUCAAAACUCCCUGCCUCCCUGGAACUUGCUCCUGUCUCCGUCGUGAGAAGAACUAUGAUGAUAAUUUAUGCCUCAGACACAUAGGAUCAGAAGCAAAGUGCGCUGAGCCAGUUUUCGAAUGCAAUGUCCUGUGUCAGUGCAGCGACCACUGCAGGAACAGAGUGGUCCAGCGGGGUCUGCAGUUCCACCUCCAGGUGUUCAAGACAGAUCGCAAAGGCUGGGGACUCCGUACCUUGGACUUUAUACCAAAAGGACGGUUUGUCUGUGAAUAUGCUGGCGAGGUUUUAGGAUUCUCGGAAGCACAGAGAAGAAUUCAGUUACAAACAAUACACGAUUCGAAUUACAUUAUAGCCGUCAGGGAGCAUGUUUAUAAUGGGCAGGUAAUGGAAACGUUUGUUGAUCCUACCUCUAUAGGAAAUAUUGGAAGAUUCCUUAACCAUUCUUGUGAGCCAAACCUAUUGAUGAUUCCUGUCCGAAUCAACUCGAUGGUACCAAAGUUGGCACUUUUUGCAGCCAAAGACAUUGUGCCAGAACAAGAACUCUCUUAUGACUAUUCAGGAAGAUUCCUUAAUCUACUGGAUAGUGAAGACAAAGAAAGGUUGGAUAAUGGGAAAUUAAGGAAACCUUGUUAUUGUGGGGCUGAAUCAUGUGCUGCAUUCCUGCCUUAUGACAGCUCACUGUACUGCCCCUUAGAAAAGCCAAACACGAGUGAGGAAGGAAGAGUCGAGCAGAAGCAUGUCUGGCCUCGCAGUGAAGGAGAAUGAGGAGGAAUCGAGCGUGUUUGGCUCAGCCCUUCCUGGGUUUCCCUCUUACGAGCAGCUCACCCUCAGGGUCAGUCUCUGCUCGGUAAGGAGCUUGCCCCUCACUGUAGGGGAGCCCAGUGGUUGUAACUUAGGAAUGUGGCAGAGACUACAGAUUGUCCAGCAACACUCUCUCUCCCCUUCUAUCAUAGAAUUCUCAGUUUUUAGCUGGGUACAUGACUGCUGAGAAUACUCACUUUUCCUAGUGAGAUGUGGCUAAGGGACUAUGUCAUAGCUAGUGGGAUAUGAGGGAAAACGUUGUGCCCUUAAGUGGAGAUAUCCUUCCCUUAUCCCAUUCUUUUUUCUUCUUGGCUGGAAUGUAUACAUGAUAACUGGAGCUGGAGCAUCCAUGCCAUACCCCAAAAUAACCUUGGAAAAGGAAGCCACACAUAGCAAGUCAGCAAAAUUGAAAGGAGUCUGGAGGCUGUAUACUGUCCAACACUCUACCAGUCCUGAUCUGACACCUCUGGACUAUUCAGUGAGAAACGGUCUUUGUCAUUUAUGCCACUGUUAUUUUAUUUAUUUAUUUAUUUAUUUAUUUUUUUUUAAUUUUUUUUUUGCGGUAUGCGGGCCUCUCACUGUUGUGGCCUCCCCCGCUGCGGAGCACAGGCUCCGGACGCGCAGGCUCCGGACGCGCAGGCUCAGCGGCCAUGGCCCACGGGCCCAGCCGCUCCGCGGCACAUGGGAUCCUCCCAGACCGGGGCACGAACCCGCAUCCCCUGCAUCGGCAGGCGGACUCUCAACCACUUGCGCCACCAGGGAGGCCCUGCCACUGUUAUUUUAAACUCUCUAGUACUAGCACCAAACCUGAUCAGUGAUCCAAGGAAACCCUGAUGGCUGAACACCUAAGCCUUGCUUUCCAGUCAAUUUUAUCAAUAAUAAGGCUGGUAUUUUCAUUUCUGUAUGACUCCAGCAGUUUAUUUCUCAUCUGUUUCUAAACAUAUCAAGGAAAAGGGCAUGACUAAUUAUCACCUGCUAAAACCCUAAUGAUUAUCACCAAUAGUGAAAAAUGUAACCAUGAGAAUGACUUCCAUGUGUAUAACGAAAAGUCAUAAAAGGAAACAAAUUGUAAAAUUUUUGCUAUAUAUCUGCUGUACUUCAAGGCUUGUGAAGUUAUGCUUCAAAACUUCAAACAGACUCACUUCAUGUAUUAACAACAUGAAAAUAACCCUGUCACCACCACCAAAGGUGAUGGGAGUUUUAUAAUUCCAUUUAAACUUCUGGAGAGGCAAACAUCUCUAACUUCCUUCCUUAAAGCAAGAGUGUUGCAAAAACAAAGCUACUAUGGAAGUUUAUUAGACUCUUUGAAAGCUAAAAUAAUUACUUGGGCCCUAUAAUUUCUUUUUCUAGUACAUUUAGACCCUACCACCAGGAGACUGUGCUUUCAAAGUUAUAUCAUAGGGACCCAUGUUAUAUAUAACACCCUAGUCCUGUAUGAUAUCAUAAGUAGGAUAGUUGUACAUUUUAAGUGAAUGAAAUGUAUGGUAUGUGAAUUAUAUCUCAAUAAAACUGUUAAAAUAAUAACUAUGUUAGGGUUUGCGUAUUCACAUAACAUUAUCAGGAAUGGUUCCAUGUGAAUAGAUGAUAGUAGAGUACACAUAAAAUGCCCCAAACUACAAAUGUGCAGUGUCUAAAACAGAAUGAAUUUUUCCUCCAAACUCAUCAUUUCUCCCUGACAGCCUUCCUCUAUAACUGAUUUCUCUGAAGCAGUCCUGCUUUUUGUAAGGCAGCUUGUAUCUCUCAUUUUAAAAUGGUCUUUCUCCUCCUCACAAGGGCUUCUAGUAACUGAGCUACUUAAGAGGCAAUAAGGAAAUGGUCAGAAGGAACAUGAGUGGCUCACUGUUCGAAGCUCCAGAUACCCUUUCCUUCUUCCUUGUGCUCUGUAUCUAUUGAAUAUCACCGUCUGUGUAUCAGAAAUACUCCAGUUAGGACACGAGCAGCAUCCUCCAUCUUGAUGUCUCUUCCAAAGACAGAACUCACUGAAUAUAGACGCUUGGAGUUUUUUGUACUCACACAUAAGUUUAUUCUUUUUUUUGCGGUACGUGGGCCUCUCACUGUUGUGGCCUCUCCCGUUGUGGAGCACAGGCUCGGAUGCGCAGGCUCAGUGGCCAUGGCUCACGGGCCCAGCCGCUCCGCGGCAUGUGGGAUCUUCCCGGACCGGGGCACGAACCCGUGUCCCCUGCAUCGGCAGGUGGACUCUCAACCACUGCACCACCAGGGAAGCCCCUAAAAUUAGAAUUUUAAAAGGUGUUAUGUGUCUUCAUGGAAUUAAAACAUAAAAAUGGCUCUGAAGUCAAUUUCCACUGAAUUCACUAAGAAUGUGGAAACGUGUACCUUGGAAACUGUUUUGGCCCAAGAAUAAUAAAGAUCAUACUUGGA